AUGGGUCAGAGUGUUUUGGGCAUUUUUAUGGCCUUGGUCGGCAUGAGCAUUGAGAUUUUAGUGGGCCCUAGUUUUAUGCGAGAUAUCUCUCCAUCUCUUGUGACAGAGUUCACCCGCUUCUCGGAAUUUGCAGCUUCGGCCAAUUGCCAAGGGAACCACAACGGCUCCUCUACUGGGUCUUCAGUCUAUUGUGAUUCGGGGUAUUGCAACACCCUCCACAAGUCAAGUACUCAGAUCAUUGAUGGAUUUGAGGAGAUCAAGCCCGGUGGUACCACAGGAUAUCUCGCUCUGGACAAAACGAACAAAUACAUCGUCUUGACCUUCCGCGGGACCGUCUCUGCCGAGAACCGCAAUGCUGACUUGGACUUCCAACAAGUCGACGUAUCGACCAUCUGCGAUGGAUGUAAAGUACACCAUGGUUUCUGGGCAGCCUCAGAGGGAGCUAUGAACGUUCUCCUGCCCAAGGUUGAGGAAACAUUGAGAGCGAACCCGGACUAUAGCAUCAUCCUGACGGGACACAGUCUUGGUGGCGCGCUUGCUACCCUUGGAGCUGUUACCUUGCGGAAUUCUGGACAUACUGUCGACUUGUAUUCCUUCGGCGCCCCAUCUGUCGGCAACAAGGCGUUCGCAGAGUUCAUCACCAAGUCCACUGCCGGCAAGAACUACCGCAUCACACACACCAACGACGAAGUACCGAAGGUCCUCUUUCGGUCGUCCCGGCGCCGGCCACUGGACUCUCUAGUCCCCGAAUAUAGUCAGUCUUCGCCGGAGUACUGGAUCACGUCGCCGAAUGGAGUGUCGGCGACCAGGUCCACUAUUCAGGUGAUCGAGGGAGUCAACAAUGAAGCUGGUAACUUGGGUACCACGGAAGUCACCAUGGAACCUCAUGGAUGGUACAUGGGAGAUAUGAGUGUGUGUGCGCAGACCUGGAAGGACUGGGAGUAA